ACCAAAACUAAAUUGAAAAAUGAGUGUAACCGUGUACAAAGCAUUAAACUUUAUUGUGGCCAUAUUAGCAAAUUAUACCCUCCAUUUUUUCAUAUACAUACUUUUCUGUAAAAAUCCAGAUAAACCUUGUAUACUGUUCCCAUAAAAAUAAAUAUGGACAAACAAAUUAGUACCCCUAGAGAAGUAGCCAAUUAUGUAGAAGUUGUUCAUAAGCAGUUGUAUUUUGCAGUCUUAUCUGGAAAGGAAAUUAUCAAGUUGAAGUAUAGUAAUAAUAAUAAUAACAAAGUUUUAUUCUUCUGCAUAGACGAUGAAUUCUAUUACGAAAAUUAUUACAAUGAUUUUGGACCUUUCAACAUCUCUUGUUUGUAUAAAUAUUGUUUAAAGAUAAGAAAAUAUAUCGAUUGCGCAAAAGGCGUAAAGUGUGUAGUGCAUUACACAUCUGAAUACCCAGAAAAAAAAGCAAAUGCUGCUUGUCUGAUGGGAUUAUUUUGUAUUAUGUAUUUGAAUUUUCAACCCAAAGACAUUUGGAAUAUUUUGCUGAAACUUGGACCUUACAAAUUAUUUUGGGAUGCAUCCCUACAGUCAUGUGGAUUUCAUCUAAGAAUUAUUGACUGUCUGUACAGCAUACAGAGAGCUGUCACAUAUAACUUUGUAAAUUUUGAUGAUUUUGAUGUAUCAGAAUAUGACACAUGUGACAAACUUCAGUAUGGCCACAUGAAUUGGUUACUUCCUCGAAAGUUCCUAGCAUUUAUUGGACCUGCUGAUAAUCGUACUGCUCACUCCCCUCAUUUUUAUAUAAAAUAUUUUUUAAACAAUGAUGUAAAAACUAUAAUAAGAUUAAAUGUUCCUUCGUACAAUGCUGCAGCUUUUACAAAAGUUGGAAUUGAGCACUUUGACUUAAUAUUUCCUGAUGGAUCUACGCCUUCCAAAGAUGUAGUAAUAAAAUUUUUAGCAAUUGCCGAAGCUGCCCCUGCUGCAAUAGCUGUACACUGUAAGGCAGGGUUAGGAAGAACUGGGUCUCUUAUCGGUGCCUAUCUUAUGAAACAUUACCAAAUGUCCGCAAGGGAAGCGAUUGCGUGGAUGAGAAUGUGUAGGCCAGGUUCUGUCAUAGGCCAACAACAAUUAUGGCUGGAAAAGGUUGAAAGUUGGUUAUGGAAAACAGGAAUCGAAUACAGGUUGAGGCUAUUUGGAGCGAUGGAUGCAAUUCCAAAACAUGCAUAUGGAAUCUACAGUAAGCAAUGGCUAAGAGAUAGGGAGAAAAUUAUAACAGAAACCAGGAGAAAAUUACGCCCAACGUUGGCACGAACAAAGAUAUCUAAAGGAUCGGAAAAGAACAUUUCUUUAAGCGUCGAAUCCUUUGCUAAAAUGUCGCGCAUACAGAAACAUAAUAGAAGAAAAAUGACAGAAGAUAACAUUCAAGGGCACCCAUUCAAAAAUUUCACCAAAUUAUUAGGUGAUGUGCGUCUACAAAAUAAAAGACCUUCUACAUUGGGAAAUAAUUUAAAUAGAAAGACGACUGUAUGUAACUCUCCAAAACAUAGCUUUAUACCAUCUUUCGCCAAAUCUAGCUUUACAUCAAGAAAUGAACGAGGUAGAAAUGAACAAUUAUUUACUCCUAUUCCAGAUAAAAGGAAAGCGCAAAAGAUUACUCAGGGUGAUCGCUUAAAUCAAAUUAAAGCUUCCUGGAAUUCGAACAAACCUUUUGAAUAUCGACCAUAUACCGAAAAUAUAACGCAGAGAAAAUUUCUAUCCAAUCUUUCAUAAAUAUAUUCAUUUUUGAAGAAUUA